AUGAAAUGGGUCAUUGAAUCAUUUCUAAUGGCUGUCACCCGACGGAGCAAAAAAUGGCGACUUUGCAACUCUCUAGCAACUAUCACCCGGCGGAGUGGAAAAACGGUGACUUUGCGGCUCUUUGGCAGCUGUCACCCGACGGAGAGGAGCUGGAUGGAGGUGGGGCACAUGUCAGCGAGCUUCAUCCUCAGGUCCGCACAACAAGAGGAGGCUCUUCAUCGCAUCCGAUAUGCUCUUAGGAGGUGGCGACUCAUCUCCCGGCGGAUCGUCUUCUUUCCGACAAUAGCUUGUUCGUCGAUCAAUCAAAGAUGCUCUACUCAAUGGAUUCACAAUCCUUUUAUCGCGAAUCGUUCAACAAUUUUAGUAACAAUACUCUGCGAAUUGCAUUUGACGAGAUUUUUGCCGAUGAUCCAACGAUUCUAGUUGCUUAAUCUUUCACCGAUGAUCUGCAAGAAAGUCACGAUAAUUAGAUAAAAAUAUGAGUUUUGGCUUCGGGAGGAUUUGAACCUGUGUCAGUUGCUUGCCCUUUUCUAAGGAAGGUGUGACGUGAGUUUAAUCCCACAUUGCUUGUGUACUGAAGUUUCAGGCGAAUAUAUAGUAAUAUUACAUUUGAAAGCAAGUCCCUUUCUCGCGCAUGUACGAUCACUCUUUGCCUCAUAGUCGGCUAGCCACCGAUGAUGUGGAAGGGGAGUGGUGCACACGUGCCCCUAUCGGUCCCAACCACUCAAGCCCCUGCUCGCGGCUACUCUCCGACUGCACUUCUAACCCGCUUGUGGACCCAACUAGUCGGCGGGUCCCCCUCAUUUUAUUUAUUUUAUUUUAUUUUAUUUAUUUUUCUUCAUUUAUCUCAAAAGUAAGACUAUAAAAAUCAUAUAAAUUUGUAUAAAAUCACAUAAUUACCCAAAAAUUCACAUUAAUCAACUGAAAACCACUUUUCACACUUUAACAUAAAUAUAAAUCUAUUUAUCAUGAGUUAAGGCUAAAACUAUAUUAUUUACUAAUUAUUAACUCAUGAUAAUAAAGACUUAUCUACUGUGUUACAACAAUCUGGUGAAAGACAAGGGUAUUGUCUAUCCUCUAUCGUCCAUCUACACGUAGAUGGUGACUUCACGUAGGAGGAUGUUUAUUUCUUCUUUGAGAAGGACCAAAGGGCCUUACAAUGAGUCCCUUGGCUCUUGGUGAGGCUGAAAGUUUACUAUGAUGUAGCCCUAUUCUUAAACUUUGUCUUUGAGCCAAAGCUCUCCUAGCUAUUACAAAAGAUGGAGGCAAUGUUCCACCACCUCUCUAG